UGUUAUUCAGACGCCGUCGAGGAAGCAUUAAAUAUUUGCGUUCAUAUGUAUUGUUGUUUUAAAAAGUUGUUGAGCGUAAUUUGACGAGAGUAUUCUGCACAUCCGGGCGUUAUUUUAAAUUAUUUGUGUGUGUGGGUGUUGUAAAAUCGAUUUGGAUCAACAAUGAAGGUCUGCUGCAUUGGCGCUGGUUAUGUCGGCGGCCCAACAUGUGCGGUAAUGGCACUGAAGUGUCCAGAUAUAACCAUAACGCUGGUCGAUAAAAGUGCCGAGAGAAUCGCACAAUGGAAUUCGGAGAAAUUGCCCAUUUACGAGCCCGGUCUCGAUGAGGUGGUCAAGAAGUGUCGCAAUGUGAACCUAUUUUUCUCCACGGACAUAACGACAGCCAUAAAAGAAGCUGAUCUGAUUUUCAUAUCGGUGAACACGCCAACGAAGACCUGCGGCAGUGGCAAGGGCCGAGCUGCGGAUCUGAAGUAUGUGGAGAGUGCAGCACGCAUGAUAGCCGAGAUAGCGCAGUCCAACAAAAUCGUUGUGGAGAAGAGCACGGUGCCAGUGCGUGCUGCGGAGAGCAUUAUGCAUAUAUUGCGGGCAAACCAGAAGCCAGGCAUUCACUAUGAUAUACUCUCGAACCCGGAGUUCUUGGCCGAGGGCACCGCCAUUAACGAUUUGCUGAAUGCGGAUCGCGUUCUGAUUGGCGGCGAGGAGACGGCCGAGGGUCAUCAGGCGGUGGAGAAGCUGUCGUGGAUCUAUGAGCAUUGGAUACCAAAGAAGCAUAUACUGACCACCAAUACGUGGAGCAGUGAGCUCUCCAAGUUGGCGGCCAAUGCCUUCCUGGCGCAGCGCAUCUCCAGCAUCAAUUCGCUGUCGGCUGUGUGCGAAGCAACCGGAGCGGAUGUAUCGGAAGUGGCACGUGCUGUGGGUCUGGACUCGCGCAUUGGUUCCAAAUUCCUGCAAGCCUCUGUUGGCUUUGGCGGCAGCUGUUUCCAGAAGGAUAUACUCAACCUGAUCUAUAUAUGCGAGAACCUCAACCUGCCAGAGGUGGCGGCCUAUUGGCAACAGGUGAUAGACAUGAACGACUACCAGAAGCGCCGCUUCUCGCAGAAGAUCAUCGAGAGUUUGUUCAACACGGUGUCGGACAAGCGGAUUGCAAUCCUUGGCUUUGCCUUCAAGAAGAACACGGGCGAUACGCGCGAAACGGCAGCGAUUACCGUCUGCCAGACGCUGCUGGAGGAGGGCGCUAAGCUGGAAAUUUACGAUCCCAAGGUGGAGCCGGAGCAAAUCAUUGACGAUCUAACGCAUCCCAGCGUAACGGAAUCUCCAGAGAACGUAAAGAAGGCGGUUCAAAUACACAGCGAUCCCUAUAGCGCAGUGCGAGCCACGCACGCUCUGGUCCUGUGCACUGAAUGGGACGAGUUUGUGGAUCUGGACUACAAGCGCAUCUAUCAGUCGAUGAUGAAACCGGCAUACAUAUUCGAUGGACGCAAAAUUCUAGAUCACGAGCGUCUGCUGCAGAUUGGCUUUCAUGUGCAGACGAUUGGAAAGAAAUAUCAGCGGGCCGGACUUCUCCGCUCGUGGGGCAUUGUGCCGCAGCUGUAGAAAAGCGGGCGUGGCAUCAA